AUGUCGUACGGACAGUAUAAUCAGAACCCCUACGCCCAGGGUCCUGGGCAAGAGAGCAGAUAUGGAUAUGCCGACAACAACAAUAACAACCAGUACGGACAGGGCCAAUAUGAGAUGCAGCCCUACGGCGAAGAACCGAACCAGCAGUACGCCAACCAACCGCCACCACCUACCACCUUGAGCCAGCAAGAGUUCCUGUCGCGUGUGCAAUACCUCCGCUCCGAGAUCCAGGGCCUUACUUCCGACAUUGAGAACAUUGCCCAGCUUCACCAGCGCUCCCUCGCCUCCACCGACGCCAGUGCUAGCCAGCAUCUCGAGCAAGCCGUCUCCGCAACGCAGCUCCGCAACACCGCGGUCAGAGACGGCAUCAAGGGCCUCGAGAGGGACCUCGCAAAGACCCAGGACGGCUCUCGCGCGACCAAGAGCGCCCAGCUCAACUCUCUCCGCAACAACUUCAAGUCGGAGCUCUCCAAGUACCAGCAGAUUGAGAACGAUUACCAGAAGCGCUACCGCGACCAGAUCGCCCGUCAGUACCGCAUCGUCAACCCGGAAGCGACGGAAGAUGAGGUCAAGCAGGCAACGGAGGCGGAUUGGGGCGAUGAGGGUAUUUUCCAGACGGCGCUCAAGACAAAUCGCACAGGCCAGGCCAACGCGGUCUUGGGCAACGUCAGGGCCCGUCACAACGAAUUGCAGCGCAUCGAGAAGACCCUGAUCGAGCUCGCUACGCUUUUCCAGGAAAUGGCCACCAUCGUAGAGCAGCAGGACCCCGUCGUCGACGCCGCCGAGCAGAACGCCCAGCAGACCGUCGACAACAUCGCCAAGGGCAACGACGAGAUCACCACCGCCAACAAGCAUGCCCGCAACCGCAGAAAGCUUAAGUGGUGGUGUCUCCUCGUCACCAUCAUCAUCAUCGCCCUCGCCGUCGGUUUGGGCGCCGGCCUGUACUGCGCUAACAACAAGUGCGGCGGCAAGUAA